AUGUAUAACUUGAUCGCUGAUAUAAUUGGAGCUAAUGCUUUAAAUACGCUUUUGCCAAUUUAUUUCAUCGUCUAUGGAAUUCAAUUAUUUUCUUUUUCUAUAGCAGCACCUUUACGAACGGAGAAGUUUUAUGAUCUUUCAGGAUGUUUAACGUUUACAAUAUGUGGAAUUUUUUCAUUAUUAAAACCUUGGGAAACAACUUUCCCUGAUUCAUUAACAUCUUUAUUAGAAAUGUAUCAUAUUCGCCAACUGAUAGCCACAUCAAUGAUGACAAUUUGGUCGAUUAGAUUGGCAACCUUUUUAUUUUAUAGAGUUAUGAAAGCAGGAAAUGAUUCAAGAUUUAGUAAAGUUAAAAUUAAUCCCAGGAUAUUUUUGGUUUUUUGGAUUGGACAGGCAGCUUGGAUAUUUACUACAGGACUGGGUGUUUAUUUAGUGAAUUCUAUUCCUAAAGAAUUUCAAGAAAAUUUAAAUAUUACAGAUUAUAUAGGGAUAAUAAUGUGGGUGAUUGGUAUAACUUUUGAAAUUAUUGCAGAUUAUCAAAAAUUUAGUUUUAGAAGUGUGCCAGAAAAUAAAGAGAAAUUCAUUCAACAUGGAUUAUGGAAGCAUCCAAACUAUUUUGGGGAAAUUUUAUUAUGGUUUGGAGUUACCAUUCUUUGUACUCCCACUCUUAUAUAUGUGUCUAAUAUUCAACCUGAAUUAAUUAAACCAUAUUUUGCAUAUUUUAUCUGGGCAACACCAUUAUUUCCAGCUUAUUUAAUUACAAAGGUAUCAGGUAUUCCACCUUUAGAAAGAGGUAAUGACAAGAAAUUUGGAAAUAUAAAAGCAUAUAAAAGGUAUAAAGAACAGACCAACAUUUUAAUUCCUUGGUGGCCAAAAAGUAUUAAAAAUAAGGAAGAAUAA